GCGUCAAGUCAGUGCUGUCAAGACCGGUCAGACGUGUGAGGCCUCUGAUAAGUUCAAGUGCGAACGAAGAAUUGAUUUACAAAAAGAAUAUUCAGGAUCGAAGUGUGAGGACAAAUAAUCGUAACAGUGCAAUGAGCAAAACAAAAGCUACCAUAACAAUGGAGAGUAAUCGAAAGCCGAAUAAGAUGAAGAUAUGCACACCGCAAUUUAACAUCGAUUAUUCGCAUUUUAAAACAUCGAUAUCAAAGCGUCGAAGAACAGCAGCAACGCGAGAGCUGACAAAAAUCGCUUACUCGAUGCCGCACAGCGUGAUAUCAUUAGCAGAGGGAAUGCCAAACGAGGAAACUUUCCCAAUCACUGAAAUUUCUCUCAAGUUGCCUGACGGUACGAGAUUAUUUCUCGAUGGUGAAGAACUUGCAGCUGCACUGCAGUACAUUCCGAGUCAAGGGUAUCCACCACUGGUGGAGGCAAUGAGAGACUACCAGAAGAGAGCGCAUAAUCCACCGCUUUGGGAGAACCGAGACGUUGUGGUAGUUUCAGGAAGUCAAGAUGGUCUGAGCAAGGCUUUGGAGGCCAUCAUAGGACCUGGUGAGCCGAUCCUCGUGCAGGAUCCCUUGUAUCCAGGAGCUAGUGUCGUCCUUACACCGCACCAAGCUGAAAUGAUUCCCAUCAAGCAGGACAAAUUGGGCAUCAUCCCUGAGGAGCUCCGGAACACGCUUAUCAAGCGGGAGUAUGAGGGAAAAGAAAUGCCGAAGAUGUUGUACGUCAAUGCAUCUGGGGCAAACCCGACGGGAACAGUUAUCCCCCUGGAUCGGCGGAAAGAGAUCUACAGAAUUGCCUGCGAAUACAAUUUCCUCAUUCUCGAUGAUGAUCCGUAUCACUUCAUGUGCUUCGACGAACAGCCACGCACGUUCCUCUCCCUGGACACAGAAGGCAGAGUAAUCCGAUUAGAUUCCUUCUCCAAAGUCUUGGCUAGUGGACUACGACUCGGUCUAAUCACCGCAGCAACACCCCUCGUUGCAAGCAUAGAGCUACACAUGCAGAGCAGUCAUCUACACGCAUCGACGUUAUCCCAGGUCCUAUUUCAUAAGAUAUACAAAACCUGGGGAUUCGACGGAUUCAUGAGGCAUUACGCCUUCAUCAGGUCUUUCUAUAGAGAGCGACGGGACAAAAUGAUAGAAUUCGCGAGAAAGUAUCUCCAGGAUUUGGUUGAAUUCGAUGCGCCGAGUGGUGGGUUCUUCCUCUGGCUCAAGGUCAAUGGUAUUGAAGAUACCUGGAAAAUGGUCAUGCAGAAUGGGGUGAAGAAUGGAAUAUUGUUGGCUCCAGGGGCUGCUUUUAUGGCAGAUCCCUCGGAACCUUGCAGCGCCAUCCGUGCGAGCUACGCCAAAGCUACGUACGAAGAGAUGGAACUGGCAAUGGAGCGGUUGUCGCGGCUCAUAAGGGAAGAAUUGCGGUUGCGGGCUGAUGAUAACACGUAACCAUGGCCUCAUCUAAUCAUCAGUAGAUGAUAGUCCUGGGAUAAACCACAGUGCGUCAACAUCUCGACGCAAUUUACGGAAAAUUAGAGAGAGCGACUAUAGAUAAUAGUUUAAUCUUAGGAAAGACAGUUUUCUGGACUCACGGAAUUUUAGGGGGGCUAAAUCACUCCGUGUAAUGAAUUUCGAUUUUUAAUGAGGAUGGGCAUGUAUGAAUACCAUUUGUGGAAUACCUUGUCUAAUUCUCAAUUACUGGAGGAGCUUGAAGAGAAUAAAUAAAUUUUUUAAUAUGGAACAUGAAA